CAAAAAUAGUAAAAUGGAAUACAUAUUGGUGCAGUCAUUCUUUGUCUUUCUUUUAAUGGUGGAUACUUGUGGAGCGGAUACUCAGUCUGACAGCUGGAAGGACAUGUUACGAGGUUACCUAUCAGGACAGCUGUCCUCGUCAUACCACACAGAAGCUUUCAGACACGAAUUCAGAAAGUUUAUUAACAUCGUUGAUAAGAAAAUGAAAACCUGGAAGGAAGAAAUAAAAUCAAAACCUGUGAUCCAUGGUAGAAACAAGAGCAUUGUUUACACAAGAUGGGGGAAGAAAUCUUGCCCGUCCAAUGCUGAGCUAGUAUACUCAGGAUUUAUGGGAGGAUCAAGUUACGCGCAUACUGGCGCAGUUGUCGACUCCCUUUGCUUACCUAGAGAUCCAGAGUCGGGGAUCCACAAUGAUAGAGCGGGCACGCCUAGAAAUUACGUAUAUGGAACAGAAUACGAAAUAUAUCAUUUCAGCAAUCACAUCGAUAAACUUGUCAAGCAUGACGUACCAUGUGCUGUGUGCCUAGUUAAAAAUAGAUCCAUUUGACAACAUUUCCAGCUAGAACGACUUGCUACAAAGGUUGGUCAUUAGAGUAUGAUGGUUACCUUAUUGCUGGAAAUUAUGGUCAUCCUGCUGGUACGAUGUUCAGAUGUUUAGACAAACACCCAGAUAGUCUACCUGGUGGCAGUGACCGUCGAAGUGGCAGUCUUAUCUAUCCUGUGGAAGCACGAUGCGGUUCAUUAAGAUGCCCACCAUAUAUACAGGGACGAGAAUUGGCGUGUGUUGUGUGUUCCAAAGAAUAGAAAAUUCUAUUAUAGCAACCACUACCUUUGCAAAAAUAAAGCUUCUGAUUAAAUACA